UAAUUAUGGAAGAUCAAUUAGAACUAACUUCUUAAUGGAGUUUCUAUGAGAUGUGCACCAAAAAGAACAACAAGUUGCCGUGUCUAAUACCAUAGACCAUCAUCUUCGAUAAACUCAUGCCUAAGGUUUGGCUCUUCAAUCCCAAGAACACUCAAGUGGUCAUGAAAAAGAAUUCAGACAAACUCUCCAACCUCGAGAUUGCCAAGUCUUUACUUGGUAUUAAAUUCCCCAAGGACAUCAAGAUUGACACUCUGACUCAAUUGGUUGAGCAAGCAAAGUAGUCUCCUCAAUUCAGAGAGGUACUAUUUUCAUUUAUACUAUCGAAAGGAAACUCCAAUAGCAUUUUUGUAGAUGAAAAGGAAUGAGGGCAUACCUAUGAAUCGAUAGGAGCUAUUGCAAUUCUUUGUUGAAGGCAAAGAUCUCUCAUCUUUGGCAUACAUGCAAUAGUACAUUGAAAAUCAAAGUAGCUAGAUUAAUAGUUUGCAGAUGAAGUCUACUACGUUGAGUACCAUUAUGAUGUUGAUUUCAUUCCAAUCACUUUCAAGUUUUUCAAGAAGACUCUCACAAUCAAAAGAGCCAACAAAAGUACAACUGCUAAAUCCAGCAAUCCCUUCUAAACACUCUUGAUGCCAGUCCAAAGCAGUGGUUAAAUUCCAGUCAGACAAUAAGAAGUUUAGAAAGUGCAAACCAUGUUCAAGUAUUGUAAUUCUACUCUAAAUCAACGCUUCUAAGAAGUACCUAUAUCAUUUACUAAUUCCCAAAGGAGACAAAAAAGAUAGCUUUCUACAUCGAAAAGGUAUUCAAAGUCAAGAUACGCAAAUUCACUCCGAAAUUCAUUGUUGAUUAAAGAGAACAGAUCUAUUUUGCUGGUAUCAAAUAAAUCUCCAUCUAAAUCUAAAAAGGAGGUAUGUUUUAGUUUCCUAUGCAGCACCGUAUCAAAAAGGGUUGAGAGAUGAAAUUGCUAGUAAUGGUUAAUUUGAUAAUUUCAUGAUGGCAUGCAAAUAAUUUAGAUUGGACAAGAAUGCAAACAACGAGUUCAAGAAGUAUCCAAAAUAAAUUGUAGAAGAGGAUAAGAAAUUGAGUAAAACACUAUACAAGCAUUUGAUACUAGAAAGAUGUCAAGGAGAUUUUUGCAAUUAUAAAUUGAUAGAAAAAAACAAGUAUUUCAAUUAAUUUAUUUUUAAGAGGACCCUUGCAAUUAAGGAAAGGUCUAUUGGAAACUUACAAGAAUGUGUUUAAAGAGUCAAAAUAGACAGUCAGUAAUAUGAGUACCAAUUUACCUUAUGAGAUCUCAUUGUAAUUAAUAGUGCGUACACGUGAUGAUCAUAAAGAAGUCAUAGAACUUUUUAAAAAAUUUAAAAUUCAUUUAGAAAAUUACAAUCCAGAAGAACACCCAGAAAUUAAAGACGAAUAACAACAUCCGUUUAGUAAAGAGAAUUCAGAUGUUCAAGCACUAAUCAAUCUAUAUAAAUCAGUUAAAAUUUGUAAAAAUUGUUUCAUAAUCUAUUCUAUGAUUCAGAGACAUUUUGAAUCUUAACUCAAAAAAGAUAUUAAAAAUGGUGUCUAAUUUAUCAAUGAGAAAAAGACUCCCUCUUUACAAAUCGAUGAAGAAGCAGAAAGACGUAGAAAGAGGGAAGAAAACAUUCUCAAAAGACAAGAGAAAUUAUAGAUGAAACCAUCCACAUCAACUAAAUCUUUUAGAAUAUUCAGAGCACCAACACAAAAGAGGAAUUUUUUAAUUACUUCCAUACCUGAAAGCAGAGUCUCUAAAACUGCAUCGCCUGAAAAGUUUAGAGAUAUUUGCAAGUAAAUUGAAAUCAAUAGAUUGACAUUGGGUUAUUUGAAUUAUUAGAAACUGGAACAAUUCCAAAAACCAAGUCAGAUGGAACAAUCUCAAGAGUUUAGAAAUGAAUCAUAUAAUUUAAUAUACCUCCUUUCAGAACAAAAAGCACCCAAUGUUAGAAGAAUUGAUACAAAUCAGUAGGAGAAUAAGGAAUUGCAAGGGAGAGCAGAAGAGAUAAAGAAAAUGCUAGUUAAGACAUCUAAGAAGGAGUAGGAAUGUAGAGCAAUACAGAAGGAAUAUUUUAUUGACAAAACAUAGGAAGGAGUUUAAUAGAUCUUGCUUUCGACUUCAUCUCAUUACUAUUAUCACGUUAAUUUUGAUAUCGUAAGGAAGUUGUAUCAAUUCUAAUUAAGUACUCCGAUGUAAGCAUUAUCCUACGAUUUGAAAUAUGACCAGUUAAGAUCAUUACAAAUUGAAGAGGUCUGUGAGAUGAUGAAUUACCCAUCCCCUUGUUUUGAUAUCACAUAAUUGGAGUAUUUGGUAGUUGAUUCUCAGACUGCUGUACCAUAUGCUUUAUUCGAGAGCAACAUAACCAAGAAGAAGGAGAAGGGUUCUUAAUCAGGCAUAGAUUUGAUCAUCAUACUCCACGACAUGUUCGAAUCCUUUUUUGAGUACUCAUAUCAAUUAUAUCUUAGGUAUUAUCCGAUCAUAGUGGAUUUGAUCAAUGAUGCCUAAAAUAAGAAGGUAUUGCUCUUAAACACUCCAGGAUAAGCCUAUACUUUAUUCAACAAGAAACAGGCAUACACAAACAUCUACAUAGCAGGCAUUUUAGACUAAAUAUUAUAUGAAUUAUCCACCAAGGGCAAAAUCGACUUGCAAACUGAUACUCUAAAGAUUCUGGGAGUAGGAUCUGGAGGGUUUCAUGCAUAAGCUUUUAGUAAGAUUAUGUUAGAGUCUAUUUAGUUGUACAAUGCCAAAAUACGAUUCAAUUUAGUUAGAUUGCCUUUGUAAAUUCUUAUACGUCAAUUUAUCCUCAAUUGAGAAGCUUCUUUACUCAAUCAAUAAAAAUCUUUGAAUCUUAACCUGCCGAUAUGCCAGAACUUGCUUUUGAAUACACUAAUACGAUUAUGAAUACUCAGCCAAUUUCUGAAGAUCUACUUUCUUGUGUUUUGCAACAGAAUCCAAUAAAUCAAUUGGGCAGGCAAAUUAUUUUAGAGGGUAGAUGACAUUCUAAUUCUAGGUUUGUUGUAAAGUCCUUCAUUUAUGGAGAGAUUCCAAAAACUGAUUCUAAGUGUGUAGGUAUACCAUUCCUUAAAGAAUUGUUUGGUCAAUAUAUCUGAGGCUGAUUUAUUGCAAACAUUCCUAUAGGAUGAGACUCUGGAUGUGAAUAACGUGGCAUUAUCAAAGAAGAUUUAAAUGAAUAAACGCACAGUCCAAUACAUUGAGGGUGGCCACUCUGUAUUAUAUGAAAAUAAGGAUUAAUUGGUGUAAAUUUUAAACAGAUUAGCAUGA